AAGAAGAACCAGAAUCCAGCAUGUCGGACCAGUCGGCAUUUGACACGGACGUAUGGACCCUGACCAGGUUCGUUAUCGAGACUGGUCGCCAGGCCAAGGGGGCGACGGGGGAACUGACCCAGCUCAUCAAUGCCAUUCUGACCGCUAUCAAAGCCAUCUCCUCUGCUGUGAGGAAGGCAGGCCUGGCCCACCUGCAGGGUAUGGCCGGCUCAGUGAACGUGACGGGGGACGAUGUGAAGAAGCUGGACGUGCUGUCUAACGACCUGGUUAUCAACAUGCUGCAGGCCUCCUACGGCACCUGCUGCAUGGUGUCUGAGGAGAACAAGGAGCUCAUCAUCACGCCCAAAGACAAGAGGGGGAAGUACGUGGUGUGCUUCGACCCUCUGGACGGCUCCAGUAACAUCGACUGCUUGGCUUCAAUCGGCACCAUAUUUGCAAUCUACAAGCGAGUCACAGAAGAGGAGCCCACAGAGAAAGACGCCCUGCAGCCUGGAAGCAACAUGGUGUGUGCAGGUUACGCUCUAUAUGGCAGUGCCACCCUGGUCGCCCUGAGCACUGGCGCUGGCCUCAACUUCUUUAUGCUGGACCCUGCCAUCGGCGAGUUCAUCCUGAUAGAGAGGAAUGUAAGGAUCAAGCCAAAGGGAAAGAUCUACAGUCUAAACGAGGGAUACGCCAAAUACUUCCACCCCUCCAUCAACGAGUACCUCAAACAUAAGAAGUACCCCGAGGAUGGCAGCUCCCCCUACGGAGCUCGGUAUGUGGGCUCCAUGGUGUCAGAUAUUCACCGCACCAUCGCCUACGGAGGGAUCUUCAUGUACCCGGCCAAUGAGAAGAGCCCCAAGGGAAAGCUUCGUCUGCUGUACGAGUGCAACCCCAUCGCUUUCCUCAUCGAGCAGGCGGGAGGCCUCGCCACCACCGGCACCCAGAGGAUACUGGACGUUCAACCUGAGUCGCUCCACCAGCGGGUGCCCUUCGUGGUCGGCUCUCCUGACGACGUUAACGAGUAUCUGUCUUUCGUCCAGAAGUAUCAGUAGACUAAAGUUAAACAAGGACUCUCCUUAUAUUUACAUAAUGAAAGACUGGAGGGGUUUAUUAACAAACCAAGUCAACGGCAGGAAAUUAUUUUGCUCUCUCUUCUUAGCUUUUCUAAAAAAACAGUCCUGAGGCAUGUUCAUAAAAUUAAACAAACAUUUGAAUAAGAGUUGACUUCCCUGAAUCACAGCAUGGUUUGGAUAAUAUGACUGAAAAGAAGAAACAAGAAGAGGAAGAGUCCAGUUUUUUAUUCACCACAAGAUGUAUUUUUAUAUCCAGAACUUCCUGAAACAAUUUCAUUCAGCUAAUAAAAGAAAGUGGUUUCUCGUUGAACUACUUUUUCUCAUGUCUAUGUCCCCGUGCUCUGAAUUCAUUUGUUCUCCAUCAUUUCAUCCCUUCAUUUCUGUCCUAGAAACUGAAAUAAACCACAUGUCUUCUUA